AUGCAACAACUCCGAAGAGGACUCCGCACAGGUCGUGUAAGCUUUGCUCGACGCAGCUCGAAGCUGAUCGAUCGUGUUAUCCGAGUAGACCAUGCCGGUGAGCUGGGAGCAAAUCAAAUCUACCACGGACAGAUGACAAUUCUCGGUCACACCAGGGCGGGUAAAACAAUCGAACACAUGUGGGAGCAGGAAAAGGUCCACAAGCAAGAGUUCGAUCGUCUAAUCAACAAGUACCGUGUGCGACCAACAGCACUGCUACCCUUUUGGAAUGUGGCCGGAUUUGUACUUGGCGCUGGUACGGCGCUACUGGGCGAAAAAGCUGCCAUGGCCUGUACGGUAGCGGUCGAAUCGGUAAUUGUUCAACACUACAACGACCAGCUUUGCAAGCUGAUGAACGAUCCGUACUUCAACGACAAGGAACUGCUCGAAAUUAUACGGCGCUUCCGGGAUGAGGAGCAGCAGCAUCACGAUACCGGGCUAGAGCACGGUGCAAAACAGGCCCCGUUCUAUCGUGCCCUUACGGGCAUCAUAAAGUGUGGUUGUCGUACGGCAAUCAAGAUUGCGGAGAAGGUGUAG